AACAUCAUGGUCUAUUUACUACAAUGUCCUGGCUGGCAAGGGCAUGAAAGAACGUAGUUAGAUCAUUUGCUGGAGUCCAUCCUAUAAAAGCGGGUUACUUCCAGCAAAACAACAAGACAUCAUAAUGGAGAACUUUGUACACGUAGUUAUCCUAUUACUGUUAUCGACAAAGCUGUAUCUACAAGCUGAUGCUUUGGCUUGUGAUAAAGGGGAAUGGCAAUGUGGGAGUGGACAAUGUAUCUCACUUUCUUGGAAAUGUGAUGGAGAAGAAGAUUGUGUCGAUAAUUCAGACGAAGCAAGUUGCAGUAAGUUGCCCACAAAAAAAUGUUCUGACUCAGAAUUUGCAUGCAAAAAUGGCAGAAGAUGUAUACCGAAAGCAUGGACUUGUGACAAAGCAAAUGAUUGUGGUGAUAACAGUGAUGAAAGUACAACAGAUGGACCAAAAUGCACUGCGAAAUGCCCAUCAACUGAUUUCCAGUGCAACAUUUCAAAAGUUUGUCUAGACAAAGCUCGUAAAUGUGAUGGCCGCAAAGACUGUGGUGCUAAUGAUGAUUCUGAUGAAAUUGGAUGUGUAACAACAUGCAGUGAAGAUGAGUUCACAUGUGGGGAUGGCAGUUGCAUCUCAAAGAGUUGGCAUUGUGAUGGUGAGAAUGAUUGUGCUGAUGGUGCAGAUGAAAAAGGCUGUGCUAAAAUCCGGUGUCCAUACAGUUAUCAAUUUCGUUGUGGAUACCAUGGAUCUUGCAUAUACAAGUCUUGGACCUGCAAUGGCUACGAAGACUGCACUGAUGGCAGUGAUGAGGAUGAAGCCCUAUGUAAACCAAAAUGUGGAGCAAAUGAGUUCAAGUGUGGAGACAAUAAAUGCAUUGAUGCAAAGUUCAAGUGUAACAAAAUAGCUGAGUGUACAGACAAGAGUGAUGAGAAGGAUUGUAAUACACAGCAAUGCUCAAGUACACAAUUCAAAUGUGUUUGGAGUGGACACUGUAUAGAUAAGACAAUAUGGUGUGAUGGAAAAAGUGAUUGUGUUGAUGGAUCUGAUGAACAAAGAUGCCCAUUAACAACUAAAAUGACCACAACAAGAAAAACUACUAAAGGAUCAACAACACCCAAAAAAUGUGUCGAUAAUCAUUUUAAAUGCACAAAAAGUGGCAAGUGUGUCCACAACUCAUGGCUUUGUGAUGGAGAAAGAGAUUGUGCUGAUGGUGAAGAUGAAGCAAAAGAGCUUUGCGAAAAAAGAACAUGUAAUCCAACACAAUUUGCCUGUAAAAAUGGGAAAUGCAUUCUGGGGCAUUUAAAAUGUGACGGUAUGAACGAUUGUGGGGAUAGUUCUGACGAGCAAGAUUGUCCAACUCUGAAACCUAUAGAGUGCACUGGUGAAGCAUUUAAGUGUGGAAAUACUUCAAAAUGUAUCAAUAUGUUGCAAGUUUGUGACGCAAAAAGAGAUUGUGAAGGUGGUGAAGAUGAACCUGCUGAAUGUGGUAAAAAUGAAUGUCAAGAUGGAAGCCACAGCUGCUCACAAAACUGUUUUGACCAGAAGAUUGGCUACAAAUGUACCUGCAAUAAAGGUUUUCAGCUGGCUUUAGACAACAAAACUUGUGUCAAUAUAAAUGAGUGUCAUCAGCUUGGACAAUGCAGUCAGAAAUGUGUUGAUUUCAAAGGAUCGUUUAAAUGCUUAUGUAAUGAUGGGUACAGACUUGAUGGAGAUAUGCGAACCUGCCGUGCUUCGGGCUCAUUGGCAGAACUUGUUAUUGGAAUGCGUUCAGAUAUUCGCCAACUGCGAGCUGAUGGACAGCACUAUAAAGCUGUUGUGCAUGCAAGUUUCGUUGAGGUUGUAAUGUCUCUGGAUGUUGAUGUCCAAGGGCAGUAUGUGUAUUUUGCUGAUAUGGGAAACAAAUCGAUAGCAAGAGCCUCAUUGAAAAGCUCAGACCACUUUGUACAUCUGGUCAGGAAUGUCGAGAAACCAGAGGGCAUUGCAUACGAUUGGAUCUCAAACAAAGUAUACUGGACUGCAACUCAUCCAAAAUAUCAAGGAGUCAUUGAAGUUAGCAAUGCAGAUGGUACUAGUCGGUCGGUGUUGGUGUUCAAAAAGGUUGAUGAGCCAAGAGCUAUUGCAGUGCAUCCUUUGAAACGUCUUCUGUUCUGGACUGACUGGGGCAGCCGUCCUCGCAUUGAGCGUGUGAGCAUGGAUGGACUGCAGCGACAGGUUAUUGUGAACUCAGAGCAUGUAACCUGGCCAAAUGGUCUAGCUGUUGACUAUGAAGCGAACCGCCUGUACUGGGCUGACAGCAAACGAAACAACAUUGGUGCUUGCAACCUGGAUGGAACAGGGCUUUUCAUAGCUGUUAAAGAUGUUCCCAAUCCGUAUGGUUUAACUGUUUUCGAAGACAGUGUAUACUGGACAAAUUAUAGGCAAGGUCAAGUCUUCCGUGCAAACAAGUUCAAUGGAGCAAACAAGUAUGAAUACCAAGAUGGCUUUUUUGCACCAAUGGAUGUGCAAGUAAUGCAUCCAUUACUACAACGGCAAGUUUCCAAUCCUUGUGCAUCAAAUAAUGGUGGAUGCAGUCACUUAUGUUUGCUCAGCUCCGUGAAAAAAGAAGGAUACUCUUGCGCAUGCCCGACAGAUAUUAAGAUGUUUCCAGAUGGAAAAACCUGUGACGUUGUUUAUCCGACAACCACUAAGGUUUUAACAACAAAUCAAAGACUACAAACAACCAGCUCAACGGGUGCAAAAGUAACGACAAAUAGCAUGACGUCACGAUCAACGGGAGCUUCAACUACUGUAAUUUCGACAAUGAAAGUAAAUUCGAGUGUUAAACCUGAAAUAACAACUAAACAAAGAAAUAAUAAGCAAGGUUGUCACGAUCAUGAAUAUUUCUGCCAGAAGUCAAAAGUUUGCGUUUCCCAAACCAAGCUUUGCGAUGGCGUCAGCGACUGCCCUUUAAAUGAAGACGAGGAGCUUGAUCGUUGCAAUUCCGUUGAACUUGCGGCAUCAAAGAAGAAAAAGAGCUCCAGCAGCACCCCAUUAAUCGCAGGAGUUCUCGCGGGGAUCGCUUUUAUCGUGCUAUUAAUUGUCCUGGUUGUUUUGCUUGUGUUCAAACGCAGAAGGAACCAAGCAAACCUUAGCAUUACGUUCCAUCCAUCGGAUCCUGAGAAGCUUGCAGUCCAAACAGUAAAAUUCAGUCCGAAUGGAACUCACAAGAAGUCUGCUAACAAGAACUUCGAGAACAUAAACUAUGCUCCUGCCAGUGAAACUGAGGAGCUCAUUCCGGACCCCGGACUCAUGAAUGUGCCGGACGAUAGUUCGUCUGAUAACGGUAGUACAUGCGACGAAACGAAGCCGGUCAUGAAUCACCAAGAGUCAAACUCUAGCAACAGCCUGGAGUGUUGACAGGCAGAACGACUUAGUGUAACACGCAACCAAACACCAAGGAUGUGAGCUCUUCAGGCCCUUGCCUUGCUAGCUACUAGGCUCUUUUUCAUUACGAACCUUGUUGUUAGCGAACCCUUCAACUCCAUAUAUGCUCAAAAUUAAAGAGAAAAUUCUUCUAACAAAUUUGUGCUUGAAAACCUAUUUAAAAUCCUCCAUAACCCGAUUGAGAGAAAACCUAACUGAAAGAUCAAUAAAGUAAAGUAAUAUUAUUUGGUCUAAUUGAAAUUUUGGCUUCACUUAAAAAACACUAAUUUAUCUAGCAAUUAGUACCUGAAAUACAAUAAUCUAUUCAACAUAUUCAGGACAAAUUUUUUUGAGUCUGUAAAAAUUUAGUCAAACAGUUUGUUUUUGUGCAUGCAACUGUGUUAGGUUCUAAAAAAAAUCGAAGCGUGUUAGGGGUUAUUCAUUUGCAGAAGCUGUAUACUAACUUCUUCUCUUUGCCGGUCUUAUCGUGAAAAAUGUUAAGUUAUUUGCCACUUUGAUAUUUAAGCAUUUCCUUGCACCUUAUCAUGUCACUCCCUUAUUUCGCUUUCAGUAGAAAUCAAAGCUGCUGCUAAUAUUCCUUUUAUGAGGUCAAUUCUAAACAUCCUCUAUCUUUUCCUAGUACCAAACUCGCUCCUGCCCCCAGUAUAAAGUGGAGUUGCUCCUGCCCCCAGUAAAGCAGUGUUGUACUUCCUUUACAAGCCACCAAUGCCCCUCGCCUUAAGGAAUAAGAACUGGAGUGUAAGGACAUGCGCUUUGCAGUUGUUCCAGGACGCCCUGUGUUUGAACUCCUACGAGUAACUGCAAGCAGCAAUAUCUUUUUCUGUGUACUUAGGGUAUUAUGCUAUCUAUUUUCAUAUUUGUUGUUGUUGUCUUUGUUGUUGUUGCUGUGUUGGUGAAUGCUUCGCGUUAAUUUGCAUCCUGUAGACACGCUCUUAUUUAUGGUUUCACGCAGCCUUCAAGUAGUCUUUAUUUAAUACUCGCUCGUCAAUGAUCAUUUAUUAUAUGUCUUCGGAAAUUUAAUGAAACAUAGCCAGUGACAGCUUAAUUAUUAACUCUUAUGACGUGACGUUUCGUCAUCUUGUCUUGCCCAACCGAACUUUACUUCAAGAUGGGGUUUGAGAUGGGCUACACAGUUGAAUCUCGUCAAGUCGUAUCCCGAUGCGGAUAACUCUGACUUUCACAAAGUCGGGCUGAUUUCAAAUCCCAUUGGUUUUUCCUUCCUUUCUCAAGUCAAAAGUCGUAUCCCGGACAUCGGACAUUGGCUAAGUCAGACCAUUUCCUUACCCCCCUUGAAGGUCCGACUUAACGGAAUUCAACUGCAUUCAUCAUCUAUUUUUCUGUUGUGGCCUUGUCCAGUGUAAAGAACGAGACGAAACUUCUUCACUUAGGUAACUUAUAGUUGUAAAUAUGUAGAAAUUUUUUAAUACUCUAGAUGAAUGUUAUAAUUAAAAGAUAGUGAUUCGCAACUGAGUCGACGGCAGGGUUGUGCUAAAAAAGAUUUUCUAUUCCCCAACAAGAUAUCCGCAAGCCACGGAUAUCCCCAUGUUCCUAAGGUGGAUCCCCAUGUUGCUAAGGCAUCCCCAUGUUGCUAAGGUGACAUCCCCAUGUUCUUAAGGCCGCUCAGUUGCGCAUCGAAGUAUCAAGUUAUUUUCUCAACAAGCUUUCACGUGUAUAAUGCGUUCCAACGUUCUGUUGUUAGUUAGGUUGAGAGAUUAAAAUUUUGAUUGAUGCCCUCUCCCAUCGCUUCAUCCAACUGUUCAAAUGACCACUCUUUCUCUCAAUUUUCAUUAUUUGUUGUGUUAAAAUCGUUGUUGUUUCAUUGCUUAGAUUUCCAGCGUGAAUUAACCUAUGACUUUGAAAACCAUUCGAAUUUAAAAAAUUCAUAUUUUAUCCCUGUUUUUCGUUAUGUACAUAAAAGUGAGUGAUAAAAAGAAGAUAUUAUUUUAAUACCAAUUUUCAUUUUAUCUUUAUAUGAAACCCCACUAAAAGCAUAGAUUUCAAAUCUUUAUCCCCAAACAUCGCUUCGAAGUCUGUCCCUCCUGUGAAUGAAUCUGUAACCAAAGUAGAUCAAUGGUUGUAUUUAAUGCUUGUCCGGACGUAGUGAACCUGGAUACGGAAUAUGAAAUCCACUGGAUGUCAUACCUGCGACAGGGCUAACCCUGACGCUAGACGACCGAUGAUUCGCUAUUUCACUCUAUCUCUUCCUUAGCAUGUAUGACAUGCAGUUCACCGGAUUAUGUUAUCAAUAUUCGCUUAGACCGCGUAUUUCAGAUUCAAAAUUGUAUCUAUAGUAACUGUCAUUUUCAAUUUUGAAUUAGCUGCUUAACGAAUUGAUACCAUGAACGCUAUAUGUGUUUAAUUUAAGUUAAAAAUCGCAUAAUUACUGCAUUGUGUGUAAAACCACUUGUAAAUAAUGUUACUGGUAUUGAAAAUGGAAAA